UUGCCGAAAGCGGUCAGUGGCAAGCAUUACUGUUUUCUCCCAUUAUUGGUUAAUGAUCAACUAUGGCAGAUUCUGCUGGUAACUGGUGUCUUAUUGAGAGUGAUCCGGGUGUUUUCACAGAAUUGAUUAAAGAAUUUGGUGUCGAAGGCGCACAAGUUGAGGAAUUAUGGAGUUUCGAUGAUGAGCAGUUUGACAACCUUAAACCAAUUCAUGGGUUAAUUUUCUUAUUCAAAUGGGUCCAAGAUGACGAACCAUCAGGAACCAUCGUGCAGGAUAGUAGAUUAGAUAAAAUUUUCUUUGCAAGACAGGUAAUAAAUAAUGCUUGUGCCACUCAAGCUAUUUUGAGCGUACUCUUAAAUUGUAAACACCCUGAUGUAUCAUUGGGUUUAAAUUUAGAAGAAUUUAAAAAUUUUUGCCAAAGUUUUGAUGCUAAUAUGAGAGGCCUUGCUCUUAGUAAUUCUGAUGUGAUAAGAGAAGUUCAUAAUUCAUUUUCAAGACAAACAUUGUUUGAAUAUGAUUCAAAACAUGCAUCUAAAGACGACGAUGUAUUUCACUUCGUGAGUUAUUUGCCAAUAGAUGGCCGAUUAUAUGAGUUGGAUGGCUUAAAGGAUGGUCCAAUGGAUUUGGGCCCAUGUCCUCCUGGUGAUCAAUGGGUACAAGCAGCAAAACCCAUUAUUCAGAAACGAAUUAAUAAGUACAAUGAAGGUGAAAUCCAUUUCAAUUUAAUGGCAAUAGUGUCGGACAGAAAGAUGCUGUACGAAAGACAGAGAGCAAUGGUUUGUGAUCCAACGGAAGUAACUCGACUGCAGGCCCUCAUUGAUGAAGAAAUCAGAAAAUCAAAGCGAUAUCAAAUAGAAAAUAUUAGAAGAAAGCAUAAUUACCUUCCGUUGAUUAUGGAAUUACUCAAAAUGCUUGCUAAGGAAGGAAAACUAGUGUCAUUAUAUCAGAGAGCUAAGGAAAGAGCAAUUGAGAAAGAGUCUAAAAAAAAUAAAAUGCAAAACAAUUAAUUUCGUUUCCCACGUGAAAGAAAGCAUGAUUUAAUUACAAGUCACGGACAUUUAAGGCUUUUAAAAAUUGAAUAUUAACAGUUUAUAUACUGAGAUGCUUUUCUUUCUCUCAAGUUUUCUAAUGAAAUAAAUAUCAUUGUUUUCACACUG